UAAAACUAUUCGUUCACCCACCAAUGACCAGUGCUUCUGGUCUAGUUUAUAGCAAGGGUUAAUUGCAGACCGUGCCGUGUUAGGGGAAGCAGGGGCAGGGCUCUUGAAUCUUGAUCAUGCGUCCAAUUCCAAGGCCUUAGUCUCUCAUUUUUUUUUUUGGUCCAUAAAAAAAAAACAAAUAAGUUAACUAGAAAUCCCAAAAACAGUAAAUUUUGUAGAAUCAAUGUCCUUGGAACAAUCCCAUUCACACCCCAUUUUCUCGAGUUUUCUCACCAAACAACUCUUCCUUUAGGGCUUCACGUAUUUUGUGUGUUUUCAUCUUAUUCAUUCUACUCAAUCCCAUUCAAUAAAAUUUUAACCUUUUUUUUUUCUUAUUCUUUUUUCAUUGUUCUUUGUAUAAAUAUCAACAUGUAUUCUCCAAAGGAGAAGGAUAACCCUCUAAAAAGAAGCUUCAGUGAGAUGAACUCAGGCCCACCUGAUGUUAUGAUUUUAGACAAUAAUGAUCCUGUUAAGGAAGACCCUUCUUCAUCUUCAAAUCCUACGGACUUGAAUCCUAGAGGGUAUCAAUUGCAAGUGUAUGAAGUUGCAAAGAGAAGAAACGUAAUAGCAGUGUUGGAUACAGGUGGAGGGAAGACAAUGAUAGCUGUGAUGCUCAUCAAAGAUUUUGGUCAAGCUAUCAAGUCGACUGACAAUAAAAAGUUGAUUAUUUUCUUGGCCCCCACUGUUCAUCUAGUCAAUCAGCAAUUUGAAUACAUAAAGAUUCAUACAAGUUUGGAAGUUGAACAGUACUAUGGAGCUAAGGGGGUUGAUGAAUGGAACUCAGAUUGUUGGGAGAAAGAAAUAAAGGGGCAUGAUGUUCUGGUUAUGACACCUCAAAUUCUACUGGAUGCCUUGAGGAAGGCUUUCUUGAGUCUAGAGGUGGUGUCCUUAAUGAUAAUAGAUGAGUGCCACCGUGCCACUGGCAACCAUCCAUAUGCAAAAAUAAUGAAGGAAUUUUAUCACAAAUUUAAUAACAAGCCAAAGAUUUUUGGAAUGACAGCAUCGCCUGUAAUUGGCAAAGGUGUCUCAUCCAGCAAUGAUUGUGCUUGUCAAAUAUCAGAACUUGAAAGUGUUUUGGAUUGCUUGAUAUAUACUAUUGAAGACAGGACAGAGAUGGAAGCAUAUGUUCCUUCUGCAAAAGAAAGUUGUAGAUUUUUUGAUCCAACACAGUUUUCUAAUUUGGAUUUGAAAGCAAUGGUAGAAGCCUCUUGGUUAAAGACAGAUGCUUCAUUGUCAAAGCUGCAAGGCUCACUGCAAACUUCUUAUACAGACAUCAAUGAUAAGUGUAAGACCCUACGAAAGCGAUUAUCAAAUGACCAUUCCAAGAUUCUGCAUUGCCUUGACAAUCUUGGUCUCAUAUGUGCUUAUGAGGCUGUUUAUAUCUGUCUAGAGAACAUCCCUGACACCAAAGAGGAGUGUGAAACAUAUAGAGAAAGUGUGUUGCAGUGUAAAAAUUUCCUUGAAGAAGUGCUACAUAUAAUUGGGGACUCCCUUCCCCUCGGUGAUGAAAAGUUUCUGAAUUCUGGGUUUGACCAUUUAAAGGCGGUAGAUCUUGGCUAUAUAUCUCCAAAAUUGCAUGAACUACUUCAACUUUUCCAGUCAUUUGGAGAAACUGGACAAGUAUUGUGCCUCAUUUUUGUUGAAAGAAUUGUUACUGCUAAAGUAAUUGAAAGAUUUGUGAAGAAAGUAAGCUAUUUAUCACAUUUCGUGGUUUCAUAUUUGACUGGGAGUAGAACAUCAGCUGAUUCCCUGGCACCAAAGAUGCAAAAGGAAACGUUGGAGUCAUUUCGAUCUGGGAAGGUGAAUCUUUUAUUUGCUACUGAUGUGGUUGAGGAGGGAAUUCAUGUACCAAGUUGCUCCUGUGUGAUACGUUUUGACCUGCCCAAGACAGUCCGGAGUUAUAUACAAUCUCGAGGAAGAGCUAGGCGGAGUAAUUCCCAAUUCAUCAUGAUGCUAGAGAGGGGUAAUGUGAAACAAAGAAAUCAAAUAUAUGAUAUAAUCAGGAGUGAAUAUGCAAUGACAAAUACAGCUAUAAAUAGAGAUCCUGAUCUAUGCCUUCUAAAAGAUUGUACAUUCGAAGAAACAAAUGUUUAUGUUGUGGAUGCUACUGGAGCUUCAGUUACUGCAGAUUCUGCUGUUAGCCUCAUGCAUCAAUAUUGUGAAAAGCUCCCUGGUGAUAAGUAUUACACGCCAAAGCCAAGUUUCAAGUUAACAUUUUCUGGAGGGUUAUAUGAGUGCAAAUUAACAUUACCUGUUAAUGCAGCUUUUCAAACAAUAGUUGGUCCUCUAUCUAGGAAUUCUCAUUUAGCAAAGCAGCUCGUAUGCUUAGAAGCAUGUAAGCAGCUUCAUCAAAUGGGUGCAUUGGAUGAUCAUCUCAUUCCAUCCAUUGAAGAGCCUUCAGAAGAUCAUUGUAUUUCUAAAGGAAAAGAUUCAGAUUCAGGUGCAGGAACUACCAAACGGAAGGAGCUGCAUGGAACAACCUGCAUUCAUGCAUUAUAUGGAAGUUGGCGAGAAAAACUUGAUGCUGUUGUUUUCUUUGCCUAUAAAUUUGACUUCUCAUGUAAUAUUGUUGGUGUGCAUUAUUCUGGAUUUAUUCUUUUAAUUGAAUCGAAGCUUGCUGAUGAUGUGGGUAAUAUUGAAUUGGAUCUUUACUUGAUUGGAAAGAUGGUUAAGACAUGUGUUUCUUCAUGUGGGCAAAUGCAUUUGGAUUCAGAACAGAUGAUGAAAGCAAAGCGCUUUCAGGAAUUUUUUUUUAAUGGCUUGUUUGGGAGGUUAUUUGUUGGAUCUAAAAAAUCUGGAACAUCAAGACAAUUUCUACUUCAGAAUGAAACAAGCUCUUUGUGGAGUCCAUCCAACAUGUAUUUGCUUCUGCCCCUUGAGGAUGGUUCAAGUAAUGAGUUGAGAAUAAACUGGCCAGGGAUAACGGCUUGUACAUUUGCUGUAGAAUUUUUAAAUAAAAAUUCAUUAUUAGUCGCUGAUGGCGAUGGAGGCAAUCCAUCAUUGAACCAUACUGGUUCAUCUGUGACAGAGUGCAAGGAGACCAAUGUAAUCCACUUUGCUAACAGUUCAGUUGAUGUUAACAAUCUUAGUAAUGUGGUAGUAUUGGCUAUUCACACCGGAAGAAUAUACUCCAUCAUUGAAUUAGUGAGUGAUACAUCUGCUGACAGUUCUUUCAAUGAAAUUGUUGAUACUGUCUCAUCAGAGUUUGCUACCUUCUCUGAAUACUUCCACAAAAAGUACGGGAUUGUGCUGAAACAUCCAGGACAGCCUUUAUUGCUGUUGAAGCAGAGUCAUAAUCCGCACAACUUGCUUGUCAAUUUUAAUGAUGAAGGUUUUUCAGCUAAGGCAUCGCAAGCUGGCUUGGUUAAUGAAAACCCACGGAAUCAUAUCCACAUGCCCCCUGAGCUUUUACUUGUCCUUGAUGUCCCAGUAGGUGUUCUAAAAGCAUUUUACUUACUACCAUCAUUGAUGCACCGGCUGGAGUCCUUAAUGUUGGCCAGUCAACUUAGAGAAGAGAUCAACUUUCAUUCCAGCAACUUCGAUAUCCCAAGCUCAUUGAUCCUGGAAGCACUAACAACACUUAGAUGUUGUGAAAGCUUUUCCAUGGAGAGGCUGGAAUUGCUUGGCGAUUCAGUUCUAAAGUAUGCUGUGAGCUGCCAUCUCUUUCUUAGAUAUCCCAACAAACAUGAAGGACAAUUAUCUGCCAGGCGUCAAUGGGCAGUUUGUAAUUCAACCCUGCAUAAGUUGGGAACUGACUGCAAAUUACAGGGAUACAUUAGGGACAGUGCUUUUGAUCCCCGGCGUUGGGUAGCUCCAGGACAACGAUCUCUUCGCCCUGUUCGUUGUAAGUGUGGGGUGGACUCUCUAGAAGUUCCUUUAGAUAAAAAAUUUCAGACUGAAGACCCGAAAAUUAAGGUUGGUAAAUCCUGUGAUAGAGGCCACCGAUGGAUGUGUUCAAAAACCAUAUCAGAUUGUGUUGAAGCUCUCAUAGGAGCAUACUAUAUAGCUGGUGGACUCAUUUCUGCCCUCCAUAUGAUGAAGUGGCUUGGGAUUGAUGCCGAACUUGAUCCCUCAUUGGUAGCUGAAGCCAUUAAUCGUGCAUCCCUGCAAUCUUAUGUCCCCAAUGAUGAAAUCCACAUUAUAGAGUCAAAAAUUGGCUACAAAUUUUCUGUUAAGUUUUUCUUACAGGAGGCCUUGACACAUGCAUCUGUGCAUGAGUUCUACUGUUACCAGAGGCCCGAAUUUCUUGGUGAUUCUGUGUUGGACUUGCUGAUCACCCAAUAUCUCUACCACAAUCACACUGACAUAGAUCCAGGAGAGUUGACUGACCUGCGCUCAGCUUCAGUUAAUAAUGAAAGUUUUGCUCAAGUUGCCGUGCGUCAUGACCUUCAUAAGCAUCUUCAACAUUGUUCAACUUUACUAUUAAACCAUAUAAGUGAAUAUGUACAGUCCUUCCCUGAAUCUCAUGACACCACCGGAUCAGGGCCAGGCAUAAAAGGUCCUAAGGCUCUUGGAGACCUGGUUGAAAGUAUUGUUGGGGCAAUUUUGAUUGAUACCAACCUGAAUCUGGAUGAAGUCUGGAGAAUUGUUGAACCACUUGUAUCUCCAAUUGUGACCCCUGAUAAGCUUGAGCUGCCUCCACUUCGAGAACUGAAUGAACUAUGUGACUCUCUUGGAUAUUUUAUAAAGGAAAGUUGUAUAAAUAAGGGGGAAAUAGUGCAUGCUGAGCUUCGGUUACAGCUGGAUGAUAUUUUGUUGGUUGGAGAGGGGUUUGAUCGAAGCAGAAAAGUAGCAAAAGGAAAAGCAGCUUCAUAUCUGUUGAAGGAACUUGAGGAUUUGGACUUAGGGAAGAUGAUUGGCAAUGCUAAGAUGUGUGUAGGACUUUAUAUCCUAAGAGCUAAUGAUUGUGAAAGACAAUAUCAAAAGACUUCUUAUGUGGCUUCAUCUUUUAGUAAACUAUCAUGUUGUGCCACUAUCGGUUAGAUCAUCCAAAUUUUUUAUACCUCAAAAGGUUGUUUCUCUCAUUAUUCAAUAAAAAUCCUAAUAACUUUCAGUGUAAAGUCUACCAACUAUCCAAACAUACCCAUACCACAUAUCCUAAUCAGCAAUCAUCCCAUCCUUAUCUUUUUUAAUAAUACAUAGUGACAUUUGGGGUCCCUCCAGAGUAAAUAACAUUACUGGCCCUAGAUGGUUCACACCAGGGUUACUUGGGUAUUCCUUAUGAAGCAAAAAUCAUAAGUGGGCCACCUAUUCCAAAACUUCAACAAUAUGAUUCAAACUCAAUUCAAAACCAAAAUCCAAGUGUUGAGAACUGACAAUGGGAGAGAAUACUACAAUUCAAUCCUUGGAUCAUAUCUAAUGAAGCCUAGUAUAAUUCAUCAAAGCUUAUGUAUCGAUACACUUCAAUAGCAUGGCGUUGCUGAAAGAAAAAACUGACAUUUGUUGGAAGUUGCAAGAUCCCUCAUGAUGGCUGCCCAUGUACCUAAGCAUUUUUUGGGUGAGGCUAUUCUUACCGUUACAUAUCUUAUAAAUAGAAUGCUUUAUCGGGUCCUGAAAUUUCAAAGCCUUUGCCAAUCCCUUCUUGGUUCCUAUCCUCAUAUUCGAAUGAACUUGUCUAUUCCCAUUAAAGUGUUUGGAUGCAUUGUAUUUGUUCUUACCAACCAAAUUAGAUCUCAAAUCCAUCAAAUGCAUAUUUCUCGGAUACUCUCCAAAUAAAAAAUGAUACAAGUGUUGCUCACCAGUAACAAAGAGAUUCUACCAUUCCAUGAAUGUUACCUUUUUAAAAAUUAACCUUAUUUUUCCAAAACUACCAUUAAGGGAGAAUCCAAUCACACGAGAAUAUCAGCUUUGGGAAGAUCUUAUUAUUGAACCACCAAACACUUCUCAAACUACCUUUCAAGUCCAAAUCAUCUAACUAGAUCCUCCAACUCCUUUUCAAGUCCAAAACAUCCAACCAGAUCCUCUAAGCUUGAAGUCCACACAAGGGAAAAUAAACAAAGAAUUGAUUGUCUAUUCAAGAAGACAUAAAACUCAGAAGGAUCUAGGAGAAUGUACACCUUCAAAGCAAAACCAAGAAUUUGAAACGAUUCCAGAGAUACUUGAAACCAACAAAAUUAACACUCUUACUGAAUCUGAUUCAAUUGAAUCUUUUGAUGAUCUUGAUCAACCGAUUGCUCUACGGAAAGGUGUGAGAUCAUGUACUCAACACCCAAUCUGUAAUGUGGUUUCUUAUGAAGGUUUAUCACCCAAUUAUUAGUUUUAUAUUACCACACUAAACAAUAUGCAGAUUUCGAAUAAUAUUCAUGAAGUACUCAUGUAACCAAAAUGGAAAAUGAUUGUUUUGGAAGAAAUCAGGGCCCUCCCUAGAAAAGAACAAAACAUGGGAGAUUUCAGAAUUAUGCAAAGGGAAAAAUCUAGUUGGGUGCAAGUGGAUUUUUAUUGUCAAGCACAAUGCAAAUGGAAGUAUUAACAGAUUCAAAGUUCGCCUUUGUUGCAAAAGGAUUUACUCAAUCUUAUGGUGUUGAUUAUGAGGAGAUGUUUGCUUCAGUUGCUAAACUUAAUUCAAUAUGGGUGUUAUUAUCAUUGGCAGCAAAUCUAGCUUGGCCAUUCCGCCAACUAGAUGUCAAAAAUGCAUUUCUUAAUGGCGACCUAUAAGAAGAAGUCUAUAUGGAAAUCCUUUCAGGAUUCAAAAACCAAGACAAUUCUAGCAAGGUAUGUAAACUUCAAAAGUUUUUAUAUGGUCUCAAACAAUCCUCACAAGCAUGGUUUGAUAGACUAACAAAAGUGAUAAAGAAGUAUGGUUUUUCACAAUGCCAGACUGAUCACACCAUGUUUGUCAUACAUUCACCUGAAGGAAAAAUAGCCAUUGUUAUUGUCUAUGUGGAUGAUAUUAUUCUUACUGGAGAUUAUGUGGAAGAAAUUAGCAACCUAAAGAACCUCUUAGCCAAAGAAUUUGAAAUCAAAGAUUUGGGAGACCUCAAAUAUUUUUUGGUAUGGAGGUAGCUCGCACAGGAAUGGUAUCUCUAUUUCACAAUGUAAGUAUGUCCUAGACUUACUAAAGGAAACUGGAAUGCUUGGAUGCAAACCCGCUGGCACCCUUAUGAACACAAUGAAUAAGGUAGGAAUGGAAGAAGGAAGUGCACCAACAAAUAAGGGCAGAUAUCAAAGACUUGUUUGGAAACUCAUCUACCUAUCUCAUACAAGACCAGAUAUCAGUUUUUCAGUUCGCAUGGUAAGUAGAUUCAUGAAUAACCCAACCGAAGAACAUUUGAGGGCUAUGUAUUGAAUCUUAUAGUACCUAAAGAAGAAUCUUGACAAAGGGUUAUUUUUUAAGAAGACAUCAAGUCAAAAUGUUGAAAUUUAUACUGAUGUUGAUUAGGCUGGAUCAGUUAUUGACCGAAGAUCAACUACUAGUUAUUGUACCUAUGUGUGGGGAAAUUUGAUUACUUGGCGAAGAAAAAGCAAUUUGUGGUGGGUAGAAGUAGCUCGGAAGCUGAGUGUAGAGCUAUGUCUCAUGGCAAAUGUAAGGGAACUUGGCUGAAAAGGUUGCUAGGGGAGUUAAAGGUUUCUGCAGAAGAAUCCAUAAAGAUGUACUACGAUAACAAAGUUGUCAUAAGUAUGGCAAAGAAUCCUGUUCAUCAUGAUAGGACUAAACAUGUGGAGAUUGAUCUUCACUUCAUUAAAGAGAAGAUAGAGGAAGGAAUUGUUAGAUUAAUUUAUACUUCCACAUGUCUCCAAACUACAGACAUACUUAAUAAAGCUCUCUCUCAAAACCACUUUGAGAAUCUGAAGUCCAAGCUAGGUAUGAUUGACAUCUACCACCCAGCUUGAGGGAGAGUGUGAAAAUCUAAUCUUCAUUAUCACUUGAUUAGUUGACUUUGUUUAUUUUAGUUAAGUUUCUUAGUUUUAGAAUAAGGAGUGAUUUGGGUAAUUACACCUAAUUCAUUAGAUAUUUUCCUAUUAUUUGUAGAGAGUAAAUUAUUCCUUUGAUUAGCUAUUUUAAUGCAUGAAAAUCUUUGGUUUUAAGAUUCAGCAUAUUCAGUUUUUAGCUUAUAUAUUUUCAUGCAAUUCUAGCUUUGUAAUAAGAAAAAUAUAGAAAAAUAAAAUAGUUUUAUUCUAGAAAUUUCUUCAUUAUUUUAUAAAGAGCAAUAGCUGAAACUUUUAAGACAAAGGCUCUUAUAAAAUAAAAUUUCAUGGACAGAAAAGGUAUAAUUUUAUUUCUAUAUGGAACCAUUAUGUUUGAUUCCCUUUUAGGCUUUAGUCAAUUAGGUAUGAGUAAUUAAUUCACUAAAGCAUGUUUUGAAUUGAUUGUUGGCAUUCACAUUGGCAAUGCCUGUUACUCAAUUGUUAAAAUAAUAGAAUAGAGGAAUCUCCCGGAAGAAAAGGAAACAGGGCAGUAUAAAUUCCUGUCAAACCACUGAUGAUGAUACGUUGGAGCCAACAAUCCAUCA